AUGUCUGCUAUUCCACAACAGCCCGUCGACUAUUCGGCCACACAUGAAGCAGCUGUUGCUGCUGCUGCUGCUGCAGCAGCGAAAGCAGCGACAGCGACAGCAGGAGGUGGGGCGUCGUCAUCACAGCAUCCAGCACCAGCGGUAGUCGGCGCUACAUCUGUGCCCACGCACGUCGCCAGCGCCAACUCAACAGGUACUUACAGCUCGGCGUCGCUUCCACUCGCGAUUGCUGCUCAGCAACGCAAAUUGAGCGGUCGAUACGCCUUGACUGAUUUCGCAGUAGAGCGCACAUUGGGCACGGGCAGUUUCGGGCGUGUGCAUCUGGUGCGUUCGCGCCACAACCACCGCUUCUACGCGAUCAAGGUGUUGCGCAAGGAGCAGGUAGUCAAGAUGAAGCAGGUCGAACACACGAAUUCGGAACGUGCGAUCCUUUCGAUCGUUCGCCAUCCGUUCCUCGUGAAUCUGUGGGGCACGUUUAAAGACUCGACUUUCCUGUACAUGGUCAUGGACUACGUACCAGGCGGAGAGCUGUUCACGCUUCUUCGCAAAUCACAACGCUUCCCUCACCCGGUCGCAAAGUUCUACGCCGCCGAAGUGGCGCUUGCGAUCGACUACCUCCACCAGAACAACAUCAUCUACCGCGAUCUGAAACCGGAAAACAUCCUCCUGUCUGCGGACGGACAUCUCAAGAUCACCGACUUUGGGUUUGCAAAGUACGUGCCCGAUGUCACGUGGACUCUUUGUGGUACACCAGACUACCUGGCGCCCGAGAUCGUGUCGAGCAAAGGCUACAACAAGAGUGUCGACUGGUGGGCGCUCGGCGUUCUGCUGUACGAGAUGCUCGCCGGUCAUCCGCCGUUCUUUACCGAGGACGGCAAUCCGAUCAAGCUGUACGAAAAAAUCAUCGCUUGCAAGGUCAGGUAUCCGCCCUACUUUGAAACGGGCGUCAAGGAUCUGUUGAAGAACCUGUUGACUGCGGAUCUCAGUAAGCGCUAUGGUAACUUGCAUAGGGGAAGCAAGGAUAUCUUUGGUCACCUGUGGUUUGCAGAGGUCGAUUGGGAUAGGUUGUAUAGAAGAGAAAUCCCGGCGCCUUACCUGCCCACCGUUACCGCCGAUGGCGACUCGAGCCAGUUUGAACGCUAUCCUGAAAACGAUGUGACCGAAUACAGUCGCACUGAUCUCCCCGAUAGCUUGGGCCAUCUUUUCCCGGAUUUCUGA